AUGGAGGAGCUGACCGAGGUGAUCACCGCCGCCGAAUUCCACCCGACGAAGUGCAAUGAAUUUGUCUACUCAUCGUCAAAGGGUUCCAUUCGGUUGUGCGACAUGCGCGACAAGGCCCUCUGUGAUCAACAUGCAAAGUUAUUCGAAGAGGCUGAGGACCCGCAAGCGCGCUCCUUCUUCUCGGAGAUCAUAGCGAGCGUGUCCGACGUCAAGUUCAGCCACGAUGGGCGGUAUCUGCUCACGAGGGACUACUUGACCGUCAAGGUCUGGGAUCUGCACAUGGAAUCGAGCCCGGUGGAGACCUACCCGGUGCACGAACAUCUUCGCUCCAAACUCUGCCAACUCUACGAAAACGACUCCAUCUUCGACAAGUUCGAGUGCGGCUGGAGUGGAGACGACAAG